AUGAUCGAUGAGAUAGAGAGCAAGACGAAAGUUGUCCCAGUAUUAGGAUUAGUAUGGGAUUUAGAAAAAGAUAGUUUGAGUUGCAAGAUCGAAGAAACAUUUAACUUGAGGGAACCUAUUACCAAAAGAAAAGUUUUGUCAAUUACCCAGAAAAUUUUUGAUCCCAUUGGCUUUACUGCACCGAUAACUGUAAUUCCUAAGCUAAUUUUGCAAGAAACAUGGAACCAGAAGAUUAAGUGGGAUGAAGAUCUUCCUCUUCCCCUAAGCGAGCAGUUUGGGACUUUGUUGAAUCAAUUACCUCUGCUAUCUCAGAUUGAAAUUCCUCGAUGGUUAAAUAUUGAUUACGAAAAUGAAGAUACCGUAGGUGCCAGGCUUGCCAAAACAAUUCUAUCAGAUUUGAAACUUAAGAAUUGUAGAACAGUGUUCUGGAGUGAUUCUUCUACAGCUUUGGGGUGGAUAAGAAGGGAUCAAGCAUGGGGUACGUUUGUUCACAAUCGAGUACAAGAAAUAAGAUCGCUUACCAGAAUAUCUGACUGGAGGCAUGUACCUGGAAGUUUAAACCCAGCGGAUCUCCCAUCGAGAGGAUGUACUAUUGAGCAAUUACAGAAAUCGGCAUGGUGGGAGGGCCCAUCGUGGCUUUACUUACCAGAAGACGAGUGGCCCCAUGUAGAAGAAAAGCCUGAUGAAGAACUUAUAAACAAGGAAAAAAGGAAAACGAUUCUGACUCUUCUAGAUCAUGGAGACAAUUUGGACCGGUACUACAAAUACUUCUCUUCAUAUAGAAAAACCGUGAGAAUGAUCGCUUGGAUUUUCAGGUUUUAUCACAAUUUAAAGAACAAAGAUAAAAACCUCACUCCUGAUGUCUCAGUUGAUGAAUUGGAGAAUGCUGAAAAGGCACUUUGUAGAUUGGUACAGAAAGAAUCAUUUACAGGCAUAAACGAUCCCGCCAUUCGUGCGCUGAGACCAAUCGUAGACCAAAAUGGAAUUUUAAGAGCCAAAACGAACGUCCUACAGCGUCAAGAUAAUGAAAAUUUCCGAUAUCCUAUCAUUUUACCUUCAAAACAUAUUCUUGUUGAGAGACUAAUUUACGAGAAACAUCUAGAACUCCAGCAUGCUGGUGUCAGCACUUUAAUGACAAAUCUUAGAGAAAACUUUUGGAUAUUAAAAUCCAGAAAAAGUAUUCGAAAUAUUAUCAGAAAAUGUGUAAGAUGUAAAAGAUUUGUUUCACAAAGAGUGGAAGUCGAGCCAGGAUUUCCACCCGAAGAUCGAGUCAGAGAAGGGGCGACUUUUGAAGUCGUCGGUGUAGAUCUAGCGGGUCCUCUCUAUCUCCGUGAGGGGUCUAAAGCGUGGAUAGUCUUAUUCAUUGCCAGAAGAGGUAGACCUUAUGUGAUAUAUUCCGACAACGGAACUAAUUUUGUAGGGACUAACAGUGUUCUUAAGAAAGUUAAUUGGAACGCCAUAUGUUCAGCUGCUUCUAUCCAAAGGAUACGAUGGAAGUUCAACCCUCCGACCGCCGCCUGGUGGGGAGGUUGGUGGGAGAGGCUUGUGCGAAUGGUGAAAGAAAAUUUAAGAAGAGUGUUAGGUCGAACGUCCUUAAAUUAUGAAGAAUUAUACACUAUAUUAUGUGACUGUGAACAAGUGAUUAAUUCGCGACCUAUCACAUACGUAUCAGAGGAUAAUCAAGAUCCAUCACCACUGACCCCUAUGAUGUUUCUGCAAGAAUUGCCGUCAUCAGGAGUUCCUGAUAUGGACUACGUAGAUUCCAAAGAACUAAACCGUCGAGCCAAAUACCGACAGAGAAUAAGACAUGAUCUACGAAACAGAUUUCGUAAUGAAUAUCUUGGUCAGUUGAGACAACAGGCAAUAAAGAAGGGAAAAUUUCAACAGUUGCAAGUAGGCGAUGUCGUUCUAUUGGAAGACAGCCAGAGACGACGCAUACAUUGGCCUUUAGCCAAGAUAGUCGAGCUUUUCCCCAGUAAAGACGGAAUAGUUAGACUAGCGAGGGUCAAGACAAGAAAUGGAAUUCUGCUUCGUCCAGUGCCCCGGCUUUUCCCGUUGGAGAUCUCUACUUCCGAAUCCGUUGGCCCUCCGUUCCCCGACAGAGCACCUCGAGAUAGAAACGACCAUGCAACUGGUCAGGCUGAUCAGGCUGCUAGUAUUCCAGAACCUGCCUCAAGUCCUCGAGUGAUGACCAGAGCUGGACGAGUUGUUCGGCCUCCUCAUCGACUGGACCUGUGUGUAUUGAGUUCCUCCGCAUCGUCGGAUCUCAAUGGUGGGAGGAGAUGUUACAUCUAA